AAUAGGAUACAUCGUGUACCUAAAUUAAGUCAUGUUGGUGAUGCUGGACAAAGUAUUCAUAAAUGUGAAGUCAGAAAGAAAGUGUGACAGACAGCUACUGAUGGAAAUCUGAGAGUGAGAGAAGUAGAAAAUCAGAUGGAGUGAGAGAGUGUUAUUAGUAGUAAGAGAGAAGGAGUGAGAAUGAUGCAGGUAGAUUGAUGGCUGUAAAUAUAGCUAGAGAGAGAGAGAACGACUGGUAUAUAAUUGAGAGACUGUUGUUAAUAGAAAGACGGGAGGAGUGAGAGAGUGAUGUGGGAAGAUUGAUAGAAAAGUGUGUAGAGUGAGUGUGUGCGCUAAUGAUAGUUUGAUAGAGAGAGAGAAAGAGAGCGAUUGACUCAGAAAGAGAAAUUGAACUAAAAGUAGAGGUACUGAAGACAGAAUAGCAGCUGAUGUCUAUAGCUGAAACAUUACACACACUAAUAAUAAUACUACACAGUUAGAACAUGACUUAAACCCUUUUCAGAUUGGAUUAGAUUAUCAGAUUGGAUUAUCUAAUCACUUCCUUUACAUGUGAUCAGAUGAACACCAAGGCAGUUGGGAGUAGAGAGUUUGUAUGAGACACACGAGUUCAUUUCUGGAUAGUUUAAUUGCAAUUUGGAGCUACUUUGAGUCUCUAAUGCUGGGUUCAUCAUGGCGCCGCUCAUCAAAACGCGACAGACAGAGAAAACAAUCGACGGGAUCUCGACUCAAGUCGUUUGCACGGAGUUCAGUAACUACAUCUUCAUCGUGCUUACGCAGUACGGGAAGAUCGGGACGCUGGUCUCCGUAUCACCUGACUCGAGAUCCAGCGACAUCAGCACGACCAUGCUCACUACCAAAGUGCUGCUCGGAAAAGACGAGGCCCUUACGCACGUCUAUGCAAAAAACGUCGCAGCAUUUGUUUGCCAGGAAGCAGGAAAUCGUCCGGUUCUUUUGGGACUCGCUCUUAAAGACUGCAGUGCUGAAAAUCUGAAAACGCUCAAAGAAAUGAUCAAAAGCUGCCAAGUUUGGUGACCAAGAGAAUUUGUGCCACAAAGUGAUUACUGUUGUGAAUGUAUUUUUAUUAGCUUCUGUAUUUAUGUAGGUUUCUGAAUUCUAUGUCAAUCCUUUCAUUAUUGCUUAAAUAAAUUAGUUUUUCUUUUACUCCCCA